AUGACAGGUGAAUGCUGGAACGGAGGCAACAGGUGGAAGAAAGCAGCGAAGUUGGGGUGUUUGAUGGCAAUGGGUCACGACAGGGGGAGGGCGGUGGCAGCCAGUGGUGUCCCUGUGGUGACCAUACAGUGGCAGCCGGUGGUCCUCGUUCCGACGACUCCUGUUGCUUCUGUUUAUUUCUUCAGACGAGACGAAGAAGAAACCCAAACGGAAAGAGGCGGUGGAGGGGUCUGGGAAGGAGACGACGAAUCGUCGGUGUUUUUAGCAUUCUACAUCGAUGGAAAAAGUAGGUCAAGAAGAAGAAGAAUCAACUGUGAGAAAAAGAAGUCGGUGGGAGGUAGCAACUAUGUAAGGACUUCAUUGGAGAGACGAUGA